UAAGAAUUCAGUGAGUUCAGAGAAUAUUUCAAGAGUGAAAGUAAAUGCUUCGACAGACACGGUGCAGAAGCAGAUCAGAUGAUCUUUGUGAGGCUCUGCAGCGUCAAUUAAAAUUGAAAAUGAGCAACAAGGUAAACUGUCUGCCACCUGCAGAUGCAAAUGCACCCCAAGGGUCGACGAUGGACACAUUCUUCACGGUUGUGACUGGGAAUACUCUGGGGUCUCAUAAGGAAUUCAUUAACCGUCUCGCUGCUAAAAGACACUUAACUGUAGUGACGUCACUAGAGGAGAGUGAUGUCAUCCUGGCUUUCUGUCCCAUUGUCUCUCGUGCUGGGACUGAUAUUGAAGCAGCACUGCAGCAGAUUCCAGCUGGUAAACCUGUCAUCCUGGUAGUGCUGCAUCACACUUUCGAACCAGACUACACUGGACCUGACAGUAGCAGACUAGUGACCAGAGGUGAUGUAAUACUCACAGUGGACUGUCUCUUCCAUGAGAACCAGGGACUACUGGAGUGUCCUCGCAAUGAAGAAGCAAUUGAAAAGAUUCUAAAGAGUCUUGACAAAGGUCCUGAGAACAAAGAUCAGUCGGCCAGACUGCGGAAGAUUCUCUGGAUCUGCGGUGUUAUUGGUGUAGCCUGGGGCAUAUACACUUGUUAUAGAAGGAUUAAAGAAAAAUGCUUUCUCUUUUUGCAACAAAACAGUUCCAAUGUAUUCAUGAAUCUAAGGUAAUUACACAGCUGUAAGAGGAGUGCCAGUUGUAUUUCACAUCAGAUGUGAUAUCCUUGAAAAAGAAUACAGGAAGAUAGAGGACCAGCGAAUUGCUUUCUGUCAUCUCUCCCACCAACACAGACACAAAUGAUCAAAUAAAAUAAAAUU